AUGGCACUUGCACCCGGCCCUCGUCGCGCAAGGGCGCGUGUCCUUGACCUUCCCCUGUCUCUGCUGCUUUGCGUAUUUGUUGCUACUCUACCGUCGCUGUCAUCGCAAGCGUCGGUGCUAGGCGAACGCGCGCUGACUCCGCUUGCGCCGAACUCCAUCUCACAACUAACGUCCACGCCUGACCCGGUCAAGAAUGUGGAUCCAGCCAACCCGUCUUCGCAUUUAUCAAAGAUACUGAUACCACGUCCUCCUGACACCGAGAAUAAUACCCUCGUGCGGAACUAUAUCGUCUCUACCCUCAAGGGCCUGAAAUGGGACGUGGAGGAGGACAGCUUUAUUGACAACACGCCUUAUGGCGCAAAGAACUUCACGAACGUGAUCGCGACGAAGGACCCAACUGCGUCUCGACGUGUUAUCCUCGCGGCCCACUUCGACAGCAAAUUCUUUGCAACAUACCCACAAAACCAAUUUGUGGGAGCUACAGAUUCAGCCGCACCCUGUGCUAUGAUGCUUGAUUUGGCGGAGGCGCUGGACCCGCUCCUUGACCAACGGAAAGAACGUCUGGAGGAUGGCUUGGAGGACGACGAGGACGUUGCUGACACCACAUUGCAGCUCGUCUUCUUUGACGGCGAAGAGGCAUUCAAGGAAUGGACUGCGACGGAUUCGAUAUACGGUGCUAGGCACCUGGCAGAAAAAUGGGCUACAACGUACAUCUCACCUCACUCUAAGCGGCGCAUGCUCCGACCAUCAGAAACCCAAAUCUCCGCCAUCGAGCACCUCAUCCUCCUCGACCUCCUCGGCGCCCCGCAGCCUCUCAUCCGCUCGUCCUUCCUCGACACUGCAUGGCUAUUCGAUGCCAUGGCCUCAGCCGAACGUCGCCUCUUCGAGGUCGGCGCAUUCGUGUAUGGUGGAGAUGAAGGUACUUCUCUCACGAGCUUCUUCUACCCCCGCCAAGACGGCGACACCAACUAUGGCUAUGUCGAAGACGACCACGUACCGUUCAUGCGGAAGGGCGUGAGCGUGCUUCAUAUCAUACCCAGGUUCUUCCCCUCAGUCUGGCAUAAACUCUCUGACGACGCUUCUGCGCUGGACGUUCCCACAAUGCGUCGCUGGAACCUCAUCCUUCGCGUGUUCAUGUCCGAGUAUCUAGGUCUGCAACCUGAAACCCACAGUUCACGAUCAGAGGACGCCUCCGACCAGCCAGUGGCGCAUGCCGAGCUUUCCUUGAUCUGACGCACGCCGGGCUUGUUUCGCAUAUUGUAUCACAUUUAUUAUUCGCAUUGGACAAUGGCAGAUACACUACAGCGGUCAAACCGCACAUACAGCGGCGAAUCACUUCAGCAUACGGGAGAGAAAGGAGUACCUUGCCUGGCGCAGGACAUCAUACAGGAGAAUCGCAGACAUACGAGACGUGUCCACGCGGGCUGGCGACAAGAGUGGCGAUCUCGUUGUUGGACUAGGACAAAAGGAGUGCUUUAUAAUGCUUGACGAGUGCUGAAGCAUCUGUGGCGAUCUGUCCGAAACAAC